AAACGACCGCAUCCGACACCUCGCAUCCAUCAGCAUCUCUGAGUGAGUGGCUGCACCAGAUUGAAUGGCACAUGCUGAGUGUCCUUUGCUGGUCCAGAGAAGGAGGUAGCCAUAGAUUGUGAUCUUUUGAUCUUUUGCAAAAGCAUCAUCAAUAUCAGAGGUCGUCAUGGGGUCGAGCUCUUCAUCUUAUGCCCCUAAAACUAUUUAUCUGGAUGUAGAUGGAAAAGUGCAAAGGGUGAUUUUCAGUCGACACUGUAGCCCAUGUGAUAUUAAGGAGCUUCUUUGCUCAUCAUCCAAUAUUGCCAGAAACACGGCUAUACUUCUGAUUGACUCGGAAGGAGCACUGAUAUCUAUUGACCCCACCAUGCCUGCAAACACUCCAAACAACUUAUAUAAGGUUAUGCCUCAUUCCACUAACCAAGGAGGAGAGAAGGAAGACAUGUUCCAGAACGUCCUGUCACAAGUGGCAGAGCAGUUCAGCAGGGCUUUCAGGAUCAAUGAGCUGAAGACUGAAGUGACCAACAGACUGGCCAUGCUGGAGAAGAGAGUGGAGCUGGAGGGACUGAAAGUGGUGGAAAUUGAGAAGUGUAAAAAUGAUCUGAAGAAAUUAAGGGAUGAAAUGACCUCUAGAGGAGGAGUGAGAGUGAACUGCAAUUGCAAAUACAACUUUACGGAUGAUGGGAAAAAACUGUCUCCCAGGCGAGAUGUCCCAAGCUACCCAAAGUACACACUUUCUCAGGAAACCAUAGAAGCUCUAAAAAAGCCAACCUUUGAUGUUUGGCACUGGGAACAUAAUGAGAUGCUUAGCUGUCUGGAGUAUAUGUAUCAUGACCUUGGACUGGUUAAGGAGUUUAACAUUAACCCCAUAACCCUCAAAAGAUGGCUGCUUGCGAUUCAAGAAAACUACCGAGACAACCCUUUCCACAAUUUCCGCCACUGCUUUUGUGUGAGCCAGAUGAUGUAUGGAAUGAUCCAUCUAUGUAACCUUCAGGAGAGGCUGACUAUGACAGACAUGUGUAUUUUGAUGACUGCAGCCGUGUGUCAUGACCUGGACCACCCGGGAUACAACAACACGUAUCAGAUUAACGCUCGCACUGAGCUGGCCGUGCGUUAUAAUGACAUCUCUCCACUGGAGAACCAUCACUGUGCUGUGGCCUUCCAGAUCCUCUCUAUGCCCGAGUGCAAUAUAUUCGCCAACGUAGAGCCAGACUCCUUCAAACAGAUACGACAGGCGAUCAUUACUCUAAUCCUGGCGACGGAUAUGGCCAGGCAUGGAGAGAUACUGGACUCCUUCAAACAGAAAGUGGACAACUUUGACUUUACCAAUGAGGAGCAUGUUAAAUGCCUGAAGAUGGUGUUGAUCAAGUGUUGUGACAUCUCCAACGAGGUCAGACCCACUGAGGUGGCAGAGCCGUGGGUGGACUGUCUCCUGGAGGAGUACUUCAUGCAGAGUGACAGAGAAAAGUCAGAAGGUCUUCCUGUGGCCCCAUUUAUGGAUCGUGAUAAAGUCACCAAACCAACAGCACAAAUUGGCUUUAUUAAAUUUGUCCUCAUCCCAAUGUUUGAGACUGUUAUGAAGCUCUUUCCACAGAUUGAGGAGAUCAUGGUUCAGCCUUUGAGGGACUCCCGUGAUCACUAUGAAGAGCUCAAGCAGAUAGACGAUGCCAUGUCAGAGGCACAGAAGAAGAAAACAGAAAGCAUGUCUUUGGGUGGAAAGAAGAAAUAGGCAACCUGCUUCUUUUAUGGGAUCUCAGGCUGAUCCAGCUCCCAGUUUCCUCAAAACUGAGGUUUUGAACUGUUUGGGCUCUCCAAGCACCCUAUUUCUGAAGGAGAGUGUUGGACCCCCUUCUGUGUUUUGAGACAUCAAGAAUGUCCAGAAAACGCGGUCAUCUGUAGUAAGGAGGGGGUCAAAAUGACUGAUUCUGUUGAUUUUGCUGGUCUAAUUAUUCUUCACAGAUAUGUUUGAACCACUGAAAUGAAGUGCUUGGCCCUCAGAUAUUGUUUUAUUGUCACAGGCUAGACUACAAUAAACACCUUUUGGAAAUGAGCAGUCAAGAUGAAGAUGCUUGAUCAGAUAAUGGCAUUAUAUGACAACAUAUUGAUUUAUACUUUGAUAUGUAUUGUUUUUAACUCUGGCACUGAGUGAGUUUUGCAGGAACUGAUUUUACCAAUGCAGCUAUUAAUAAAAUGUAUUUAGUAAUAACUCAGGAAAACAUGUUAAGCAUUGUACCAACAGAAAAACCUUACAAAUGAAUAAAAACAGGAAAGCAAAUCAAUAAAAUAAACAGUAAUCUUGAAGCAUGUCAAAAUUGGUGUUGUUUAUAUUUUUUAUGGGAAUGUACAAAUUCGUAGCUUUCUACUGAGAACGCUAUAAAAUGUGCAUUUCUAUUUCUUUAAAAAGCAAAAAAUAAAUAAAGGUAAGGCAUGUUUCAAAGGCAUUUGCUAAGGCGAUGUGUCUGAGACACCUGUUUAAAGACGCAGGUGUUUUCGAGCGCUGCAGGUGCAAAAGACACGUCUGUUGCUCUCUGUCCUCACUGCAUCUGGAAGUGACAGUUACACAGCGUCACUCACAGAAUUACAGCUUUAAUACUUACAUGUUUCUGUUUUUGCCAGCAGAGGAAGCAAUGAAACACCUGUCUUACGUACUGUAUUUAUGAUGAUGUUUCCUGUUACUUUGAACAACA